AUGUGUGGAAUUAUCGGUCUGAUCCUGGCAAACCCCUCCGCUGCCGCGGCAGUGGACCUCCACGAGGCCCUGUACCUCCUCCAACACCGUGGACAAGAUGCUGCUGGUAUCGCUACCUGUGCCCAUGGUGGAAGAAUCUAUCAGCUUAAGGCCAAUGGUAUGGCCGCUAAGGUCUUCCAGGAUGGUGCAAAGGUUGCCAAUCUGCCUGGCUCAAUGGGUAUCGGACACCUGCGGUACCCCACUGCUGGUAGUAGUGCGAAUGCCGAGGCGCAGCCUUUCUACGUGAACUCGCCGUAUGGUAUCUGCUUUGCUCAUAAUGGAAACUUGAUCAAUGCUCCUGAGCUUAAGAAGUAUCUUGAUCUGGAGGCGCACCGUCAUAUCAACACUGAUAGUGACAGUGAGCUGAUGCUGAAUAUCUUCGCUGAUGAGCUGAGCGAGACGAAGAAGGCUCGUGUUAACAAGGAAGAUCUCUUUGCUUCUUUGAGCCGUAUGUAUAAGCGCUGUGAAGGUGGUUGGGCCUGUACUGCUUUGCUAGCUGGAUUCGGUAUCCUUGGUUUCCGUGACUCAUACGGUAUCCGUCCUCUUGUCCUGGGUUCCCGUGCCUCCCUAGAUGGCGAAGGCACCGAUUAUAUGAUGGCCUCUGAGUCCGUUGCCCUGGACCAGCUUGGUUUCAGCAACCACCGUGACAUCCAACCCGGUGAAGCUGUCAUCAUCCAAAAGGGCGGCGAGCCAGUCUUCUGCCAAGUAGCACCUAAGAAGGACUACGCCCCCGACAUCUUCGAGUACGUCUACUUUGCCCGUCCCGACUCCGUCAUGGACGGCAUCAGCGUAUACCGCUCUCGCCAGCGCAUGGGUGACCGUCUCGGAGCCCGUAUUCUCGACGUCCUGGGUCCCGAAAUCGUCAAGGAGAUUGACGUUGUUAUCCCCAUCCCCGAAACAUCAACUACCUCCGCUUCACACGUCGCUCAAUACCUUAACAAGCCAUACUGCCACGGCUUCGUGAAGAACCGCUACGUCUUCCGUACCUUCAUCAUGCCUGAACAAAAAACUCGUCAGAAGGGUGUUCGCCGCAAGCUCAAUGCCAUGAAGGCAGAGUUUAAGGACCGAAACGUCCUCCUUGUAGACGAUAGUAUCGUUCGCGGAACAACAAGUCGCGAGAUUGUCAGCAUGGCCCGUGAAGCUGGUGCUAAGAAGGUCUACCUGGCCAGUUGUGCUCCUGAGAUCACCCACGCUCACAUCUACGGUAUCGAUCUUGCUUCUCCUCAAGAGCUUGUCGCGCAUAACCGCGACACAGACAGUAUCGCCAAGCACAUUGGUGCUGAGAAGGUCGUCUUCCAGACCCUGGAUGAUCUGAAGGGUGCCUGUGCCGAGGUCGCCAUUGAGAAUGGCCAGACAGAGCCUACCAACUUCGAGGUUGGUGUGUUCUGCGGUAGCUACGUUACACCCGUCUCACAAGGAUACUUCGAUCAUCUUGAAGAAGUCCGUGGUGAGGGACGUAAGAUCAAGGCUCUUGAUAAGGCUAAGGAAGCCGUUGCGCAUGGCUUUGCCAGUACAACCGACUACCAGAUUGCCGCGAAGGGAGUUGCCAUGGACACCAAUGGCCAGAUCAUCCCUGCUGAUGAAGCUGAGCAACAGAGCAAGGCUAGGUCGGAAGAGCACCCUAAGGUGGAUGACCGGAUGGAUAUCAGCAUUCACAACAUUGCCGACCACCCAUGA